UUCACUUUUGGUUCUUUCCUUCAUAGCCUCAGCAAAGUGCUGUUAAGCGAGCUUUAGGGUAUAUUCAUACAAGAGAGAUAAAAUCAAUGGGGAGAGCACCUUGUUGUGACAAAAAUGGACUGAAGAAGGGUCCAUGGACUACUGAAGAAGAUCUUAAGCUUGUCAGUUAUAUUGAGAUUCAUGGGCCUGGUAACUGGCGCACCCUCCCAAAAAACGCUGGGCUUCAAAGAUGUGGAAAGAGUUGCCGCCUUAGAUGGACUAAUUACCUGAGGCCAGAUAUCAGAAGAGGAAGGUUUUCGUUCGAAGAAGAAGAGACUAUAAUCCAAUUACACAGUAUUUUGGGAAACAAGUGGUCAGCCAUAGCAGGUCGCUUACCAGGAAGGACCGACAACGAAAUCAAGAAUUACUGGAACACCCACAUAAGGAAAAGGCUUCUUAGGAAUGGAAUUGAUCCUGUGACUCAUGCUCCACGCCUUGAUUAUCUAGACCUAUCUGCCCUUCUUAGCCAAACUUUGUGCAACUCAUCUCUUCUCAAUGUGUCAAGCUUGUUGGGUAGUACUCAACCAGCUCUCCUAAAUCCAGAACUGUUAAGGCUAGUUAACACUCUCCUUACACCAAAACAAGAGAACCCAGAAAUGGUUUUGCAGUAUUUACAGCAAAACCAAUUAGUCCCAUUACAACAAACAGGUCAGCUGCAAAAUAAAAAUGGCGAUCCGACGAAUUCUUGUGGUCCGUUUUUGAAUCAAACAGUACCAAUCAUGCAAGCAAAUGUUGAAGCUGGGUUACUUAUGAAUAUGACAAACAGUUUGAGCUGCACAAGUUCGCAAGAAAAUUCAAUUCUUUCUAAUCAAGGUGGCUAUAUGCAAUACUGCAGCUCAAAUAUUCCUACAAUUCCUGAAGUAGAGGAGAAUUUGAAUGUUGAAGCAUUGAAUAAUGGGAACCGUAAUUUUGGGAUGAAUUCAGUUAUGUCAACGCCAUUGUCAAGUCCAGUUCCAAUGAAUUCAUCCUCUACAUUCAUCAAUGGCAGCAGUACUGAGGAUGAGAGAGAAAGCUAUAGCAGUAUGUUCAAGUUUGAAAUUCCAGAGGGUUUUGACUUUGAUGAGUUCAUGUAAGUACUGAAUGUGAACGAGCUAGCAGUAGCUUAUUUUGGUUUGCUUAGUAGUUUAUGUUUGUAAAUGGAAACACUAGCUUGUUUCUUCCUUUUUGUUGUUGUUUAUGCCAGAUUUUGACUCUAUUUUUGUAAUUUGUUUUAUGUAUUA